AUGGCCAUACCACGUCUCCGCUUAGACACUCCCACUUCGCAUGUUAUCUUCAUCCACCCGGAUCGGGGAUUAUAUACUCUGCCUCUGUCUGGGUCGCUCUGGAUCUCACCGGAUUCUGUCACGACGGACACCCAAACCCCUUCAGAGAUCACUAUCAGUCUUCUACGAAUAGUGGAAAUUGAAGCCAAGGAGUCCGCUCGCAGAAUCACCGGGGGUCACUGGCGAUAUUCUCUCCCAUUUAAGCGGCGGAUGAUAUCACCAAGAACCGCUCAGACGACAGCUCAGACAUACUGCGAGACCGUGCUCAAGUGUAACCUCUGGUCCUCGCCGGAUUUGACAGAUACUAGUCUCAAGUGUCUCCAGUUUCCCUUUUGUGUACCAGUGCCGGAUAACCUUCCUGCUACGACGAUCACAGACCUGGGAACCAUCAGCUACGCGAUCCGGGCCACGGUGACUCUGGCCUCCGGGGAGUCAGAAAUUCUAUACAGACCGCUGGGGAUCUUCCAUCGCCUCGUACAAAGCUCAUAUCUCACAGCCAAACACACUCGGAUGUUUCCUCAGUCUCCUCUCACAUUCGACGUCAGCAUCACACAGCGGCAACCCACUCACAACACACCUAGGGCUCAGUUCUCCGUGUUACUGCUGGUCCGGAAUCUCUACGCACUCGGAGACCGAGCGGGAGAAGCGAAAUAUGUGAUAGUCAACGCAGUUAAGUGGGAAGUGCGAGAAGAAGCUGUCCUCACAGAGAUCUCCAACGGCGACUGGCAGACAAGCCUCAGUCCUGGUCAGAGGUCGACGCGUGCCCUAGGUCACGGAGAGGUCAAGAUCCCAUUGUCAACCAGCAACCACCGACAGUCAAAUUCACCGAGUCAGACGAAUGAUCGGGCUCAGAUCCAAUUCGACAUUACGAUACCACAAGCCAUCAAUGCUGUGGAUGACCUGGACCGAGAGUCCCAUUGCCCGAGUCGUGGAUGGCUUCAUCCGAGUGAGGUCGCCAAGACCCCAGCCAUCACCGUCGACCAUCACCUCAAGAUUGAAGUCAUUACGGGCGAGGAGAUUGUCAAUGACCGAACAAAUCGUGUAUUGGACCGAAGGACUUCGGUCAGGUCCUACGGAUCGAUCUUUCCACUCCGUAUCCAUCAGCUAGCUAGCAGCAGUGACAAGUUGCACAGCGACCUGUUCGGCGAUGAGCUCCCAGCAUUCGAAGUGGCUCAAUCGCUUUCGCCGCCCAGCUAUGAGGCAGGGUUGUCAUACACUUGA